UUUACAUUCAGCUGUAUACAUACACGAUGAGCGGCGUGGAUAAAACCAUAGACAUCAUAUAAUAUAUAUGUCUAUGGAUAAAACUGCUCUAGACCUUGUGAAGGUCCAUGGAGGAGGAGGGUAUGACUCAGAUUUCAGUGAUGAUGAUGGCGGUGGAGGGAAGUCCAGAUAUGGUGGGAAUAGGGAAGGCAAAGACGAGCUGUUACAGAAGCCAUUCCAGAAAGGAAAACACACCAAAGUGGCCCAUAAGAAUGUUGCUGCACACGAAUGGGACAGAGAGGAAGCCAGAAACCGACGACAGCACCUGAUAUCAAUGAACGCUUUUGAGCGUCAUAAGAAGUUUGUCAGGGAUUACAUUCUGUACUAUGGAGGAAAGUUUGAGGACUUCAGACGAUCCAUGUCUAAAGAUAAGACAGAUCUGGAUGUGGUGACAGAGAACCACCGUUUCCUGUGGAGAGACGAGGAUGAGGAGGAUAUGACAUGGGAGAAAGAGCUCGCAAAGAAAUACUACGAAAAGCUUUUUAAGGAGUACUGUAUUGCUGACCUCAGCAGAUACAAAGAAAAUAAGAGGUGUGCUUGGGCUCAGGGCAAUGACGGUCCAGACGGCACACUGUCAGAGGUGUGGGAAGCCUGGCAGGAAAACUCCCCGAUGACGCACUUUUCCCUCAGCUCCAAUCUGGAGCAUCCGCUCUAUUCACAGGUAUGCAGUAUUCUGUUAAUGGUGAAUUUUGCCUAUGUGGAGCGAGGGGAGAAGAGGAACGCCCUGGUGAAGCUGCGUCUGUGUCCAGAGUGUUCCUUCAAACUAAACUAUCAUCACAAGAGAAAGGAAGUGACGGUGAAGAAGAAACAGCAGUCAAAAGAGAAUAUGGACAAGUCAGUCUCAAAGAAAUCCAAAUCAUCCAGAAAGCAGAAGCGCAAAGACAAACGCAAACACAAAAAGAGACGCAAAGAAUACUCAUCUUCAAGUUCAGAGGAGUCCCAGGGUACAGAUAAAGUUCUCUUACUACAAUACCUUUACCAGGCUUACAUCCUGCUAGUAGUGUGCUUAGAUAUAUGUGAGUCUAAUGUGGUGUAUUUUCUAGAUGCAGAAAGUGAUGAAGAAGAAGAGGGUCCUUCAGAAUCAGACCACUGGAGGGGCCCAGCACCCACUGUAGAGGAGAAGUCAAAGGAGGAAGAGUUUGAUGAGUGUUUUGAAGACAUGUUUCUCUGAGUCGAGGAAAGGAAGAUCCAAAACAAUCUCAUGCCUACUGUUUUCUUUUUAUAACGGUUAGUUUUGUUUUUGAGAAGAAUAGUUUGAUUACAAUUUGUU